UUGACUCGGUCAAUUCUGGUACCCAGCCUCUGUGGCGUAGGAUCAGACAAGGGACUUCUACGAAUUUAGAUAGUUACACUAACAUGUAUAACAUCACUAUGCCUUCAUCCAUGGUCAGUGAUGGGGAUUUGUAUGCAGCGAUUCACCAUUCACUCUCACUGAAUGAUAACCACUUCAGUUUGAUCAGACUUAUUGUCAGAGACUGUGUUUCGGACAAGUGGGGUCCUCCUGCCUGUGUAGCUAUGUGUGACAUGUGUUACAAUGGAGGAGUGUGUGAUGAUGAGACAGGAGAUUGCGUCUGUCCACCAGGAUUCAGUGGACCAAACUGCCUCACUGCUUGUGGUAUGCACAGAUUUGGUUGGAGUUGUGAGUUCCAAUGUGGACCUGGUAACAUCAUCCAGAGUUGUACAGGAAGCCAGUUUGGUCUACCAGACCCCUACGGGAACAGCUGCAUCUCAGGAUAUCAUGGCAGAGACUGUAAUGUGGUUUGCUCCAGUGGAAUGUUUGGGGCUGGAUGUACUCAGACCUGUCACUGUCAGUCAGGAAUGUGUGAUGCAUACACAGGCGUGUGUACUACUCAAUGUUCAUCAGGAAUUUGUUCUUCUUCCGCUUGUACACAAGGCUGGUUGGGCAGUAAUUGCCAAAUUCCAGAUGAAUGUCCAGCUGGUUAUUAUGGAGAACAGUGCCUCAGCAAAUGUAACUGUUUCAACGCGGCUGCCUGCGACAGGAUCAGUGGUUACUGUAGUGGUGGAUGUGCAUCAGGAUUUACCUGUGUUACGAAUCCCUGUUAUUCCAAUCCUUGCUUAAAUGGAGGUGCUUGCCGCGCUCAGGGUUCCAUGUUCAGCUGCAUCUGCCAGCCUGGUUACAGUGGAAUUACCUGUGAAAUUCUAAGUCCAUGUUCUUCUAGUCCUUGUCAGCAUGGAGGUACAUGCAGUGUGCAGGGCUCCACAUUCAGCUGUAACUGCCAAUAUCCCUACUCUGGAAGUACAUGUGAAAUUUUCAUUCCAUGUUCUACCAGUCCUUGUCAGCAUGGAGGGACAUGCAGUGCUCAGGGAUCCACGUUCAGCUGCACCUGCCCACCUGACUACACUGGAAAUAACUGUGAAGCUUUUAUUUUUCAGAUCGCUUGUUCCACCGGGAUGACCGUGGUUGGGACUCCAGGCAUGACAAUCUCAGUUGAAAUACCACAGCCAUUUGUUUCUUCAGGUUUCAGUAAUGUACACUUUACCUACAUGGGUCCACAAGGCAUCAUUGCAACACCAACUAAUUAUCAAGUACCUGUUCCUUUAACUGGAUCAACUUCAGUAAAUAUUGGAGUCAUGGCGAGGGGACUUUUCAACAUCAUACAACGAUCCUGUCAGAUUCCCGUCACAGUAACUGGUUUUCAGAUGAUGUGCACUCCAAAUAUCACUGUGCUUGGCCAUCCUGGUUCAGAUGUUUCAGUGGCUAUACCAGAACCUAUGGUGUCUGGAGGAGUUGAAGGUGUAACUUUCGCCUACGUGGUUGAAUCCGCUUCAAUCCCUACCCCAAGUAGCUAUGAAGUGGCUGUUCCUGAUAAUGGGUCAACAACAGUAAUGGUCAAUGUGAUCCCUCUAGUAUCUUUCAGCUCUGGAAUGUCUUGCAACAUUUCUGUCAUAAUCAAAGGUUUGCCAUAUCUAAGCCAGACACCAUCUGUAACAUUGGAAUCACGAUUAGCUACUCUCACAUGGCAGGCAUGGAACACAAGCUCAGGGGACAGAGGAGCAGGGCCAGUGACUGCAUACAAAGUAUAUUACUCUCUGACAUCUCCAAUAUCCUGGAUUGCUGGUGGUACCAUUUCGGUGACAGACCCAUUUCAGAGCACGUACAGCUUCACAGUCCAACCAUUGGAACCAAGCACUGAGUACAUGUUUAGCGUGGCUGCAGUGGGAGAUGGAACAGGAGAAGGGUCAAGGAGUCCGUCAUUUUCUGGACUGACAAUACCACUUCCUUCGACAUCCACUGAUAGCAGUUUACCAAUAGACUCCACUAUGACUGAAGUCCGAACUGUUUUACAUUCAACUCCAGCUAGUUCUUCAAACACGGCGGCAAUCGCAGCAGUCGUUGUGGUGGUCCUUGUCAUGGCUACAGUGGCCGUUGGAUUAAUUAUUUUUUAUCUCCAUCGUCAUCGACGAAACAGAAAAGGAGAAUCCAGUGCACAAUCGGCGGGAGAGCGAGAAAUGAGCGCUUAUCAAAAUAAGAUUGCUUCAGACAUUGAAACAAUUUCGUCCGCCUAUGAGAAGGUCGAUCACGUCCGGCCAUCAUCAUCAUCCUACGAAAUUGUUGGCCUUGGCUCUUCAUCAUCAUCAACCUAUGAAGACGUGAGCCUACCAUCCUGGGCGCAUCAGUGGGGCAUACCGUGGCAGAAUGUUAUCGUGGGCGAGAAGGUUCUGGACAGUGGAAACUUUGGUGAAGUGCUUGAUGGUGUCGUAAUUAUAGAAGGAGAGUUUUCGAAAGCGGCAAUAAAGACACUGAGAACAAAUGCAUCACCACACGAUCGGCAACUAUUCAUGGAGGAAUUUCGAACUUUGACGAAACUUGGAAGUCAUCCCAAUAUUGUAAAUCUGCUUGGUGCCUGUCAACACGAAGAUAAUUUGUACGUGACCUUGGAGUACCUACCAAAUGGUGAUCUGCGCUCCUACCUGAGAAAUGCUCGAACCCAAGGAGACAGUGGCCAGACUUCUCUGUCCUCUGAGAAGCUGAUACAGUUUGCGUUGGAUGUUGCUGAAGGAAUGCAACAUCUGGCUGCACUGGGGGUGAUUCAUCGAGAUUUGGCGGCAAGAAAUAUCCUCCUUAGCGACGAUCUGGUUGCUAAGGUUUCAGAUUUUGGUUUAUCCCGAGGAGAAGAUAUCUAUGUUCAGACAUCCAAGACUCGUGUUCCCACUCGCUGGCUUUCUCUGGAAUCGUUGCUGAGGCAGGUGUAUACGUCAAAGAGUGACGUGUGGUCCUUUGGAAUUCUUCUCUGGGAAAUAGCUACUCUGGGUGCCACUCCUUACGAAGACACCAAAUCAAAGGAUCUACCUUCAAGAUUGGAGAAUGGAUACCGUAUGCUAAAACCAAGCAAUUGUGAUGAUGAAAUUUACAGUUUGAUGACGCAGUGUUGGCAGGAGGACCCGAAGGAGAGACCAGCAUUCAAGAAAUUGACUUCGAUUCUCAAAACAAUGGCCGAGAACCAGAUUGAGAAAACCUACAUGCGCCUGCUGCCUAAAUCAGAGGACUACAUGCACUUAAUAUUUCGCCCAGCACUGGAUGAUAAUUGAGUUAAUUCCUAAAGUCGAAUGAUGCAUAGUUAACGACCAAUCCUAUUACUUCAUGGACAGGGAUGUAAGAAGACACGUUUCCUCAACAUUUGGAUUUUCUCUCCUAGUUUUAAAGUAUUAAUGCUGUUUAUUGUAAGUAUGCUUUUCGUUUGUUUGUGACAUCGGAAUGCGUUUAAACCAGGCACUGUUUAUCGUCUUGUAACAUGAACGAUCAAAUCAUGGUUCAAAUCAAACAGGCUUGUAAGAGAGUUAAAUUGUGCUAUAAUAAAUACAUGUUGAUUAGAGACCAAAUAAAUUUCGCGGUACGGAAAAUAAGGGUUAGGACAGGAUAACAAAUAAAAUGUAAUCCUGCGUCCCCAAUUUACCGUCAAUUUUGAACAGUGACAGGAUCUGUGGUUAAACGUUACUUUUAAUUCUUCCCGAAUUCAAUAUUGAAACAUUGUUUUCGCGGGGUAAGGUUUGUAAGAGUUUUUUCACACUGACAUUGUGAACGUAAACUUUUUCCUCAAUUCAUAAGUCAAUGUACAUUUAAUGACUGUCUAUUUUCUAGUGAAGGAAGAUACAGACAGGGAACUGUUUGAAAAGUCUGUUCACAUUGACACCUUUAUUAUAUAUGACAAGCUGAAAAAUCUACACAUCUCAUGACAAGCAACAAAACGAAUUCUGCUGAACGAACAGCCAAAGCUGAUGUAAUAAGUUUGCCUUCAAGGGCACAUUGUCACGCGUGUUGUAACCCUCAUUAUGUUGCUGUACAAACUCAGACAAAAAUGGUUUAAGGAGAGUUAAAAUUCAGCCACUCAGUUGUUUUAAUUUCUGCUGCUGUAUUUCUUUCUUUGAUGUAAUUUGUCUUUGUUUCAGUAGUGAAAACGGUAAUGUACUACUAUACCGUUGCACAUGAAUGUAUUUGUGUCAUUUGAUUUACAACGCUUGUUCAAACUUAAGGCUAUAUAUGGUGCGUGCAUGUCAACGAUGCGUGCAUGGGUUACGGUAUUUAUACCUUUUAUUUUAUAUCCAAAAACUUGAUAAAUUUUAGAGGAUGUCGCAUAAUUUUAUUUUCUUUAACUGUUUGAUCUAUUCAGUGAAGCCGAAUUUAAUUAUUUCACGUGUCACAUACAAUCAAUUGUAUAUAUUUGCAUGUUUCUCGUGGUACAACGAUAAAGGUGUAUAUCAUUUAAAUUAUCAUUCACAAAAUGCAGGUUUUUUAUUAUUUUAGAUUCAGGUGUAUUUUUAUCGCCAUCGUAUUGUAAGUAUACUAACUUCUGUUUCGCUGAAAUUAGCAUUUGAAUAGACCAACUUAUAUCGAAAAUGUCAUAAUGCUUUGAUUCGAGUUUUAAUGUUGAAGCAUUGGUAUUUCCAUAUCUUCCUUAUUAUUAUGAGUAUGAAGUGUUUUGUUGGGGUUAUACGCACAUGUAUUAACGUAACAAAUUUGACGAAGCACACUUAUGUACUUAAAUGAGUCACUAGCAAUGCAAAGAGCGAUUUAUGGUUGCGUCCGUCGUUUUUCCAAAAAUGUCUGUCACUUGAUAAGCCUAGCAGUAACACGUUUAUUUGAAUUACUAAAGAUAUUGUUUAACAAUACAAAUAUGGAACUGACAUUUUGAAAACGUUCACACUGAGGGCUUCAUUAAGAUGAAAUAGAUUCUGCUCAUAACGUAUAGGAACAAUCUGAAAUAAUUUUCAUGCAUUUAAAAAAAAAGAUAUAACAGAACAAAACAAAACGGCUUGAGUAACAGCCCUUUUUUAACAACAUCUUUUGAAAUUCUGAGACAGAGUUAAUAUAAUUGUGUAAGAGGGCGCUAUAAUUUCAGCAGCCUCUCUUUUCAUGUUUUCAGCUGUUUGUUGUUUCUUUUCAGCAAUGAAAGAUUUGUAUCAUAAUUUCCUGCUAUUGUUUGUCCAACCUACACAGAUUUGUAACCUUGAUACGUCAACAAUGCUUGUAUCGGUUGUGUUUCUUAUUUAAUUACAAGCCAACAUUUGACAGACUGUUUGACGGACUGUUACAUACUUUUAUUCCUAUUUGAACUGUUGCUAUACAGGGUCAGAGAAUGAAAACCUAGUCAAGUGUUACAAACGGUUAAACCUAGAAAAUGUAAAACUGAGUUUCCUGUGGUAUACUAAGGCAAUGUCAAAAAUGCACAACGGCCAACUUGUCAUUUAUAAAAGGCUUUUACAUUUUUUUAGAAAGGUAAGUGGGUACUCACUCUUGGCUUGCUUAAAGUUGCGUUUGAAUAAAAGAGACAUUCUCACAA